CUAAUAAUUAUUUGAGUAAUGAUCACCAAACAAACAAAUUUAGUUGAAACUUGUAAAAUGGCGGAUCGCGGCGAAGAGAAAACUGCGGUGUCUAGUUCAACAUUGCCCGAUAAGAGUGAUCAAGAUGCAACAGUUGAUGUACAAACUCAAUCAAAAGAUGACGGCCUAGAUGAUUUACUCGACAGUGCAUUGCAAGAUUUUGAUAAGAAAAAACCUCAAGAUGUUCCCGACGAGAAGCUACCAGAAAAGAAGACCACAACUCCAACUCAAGUAUCCGACAAACAGCCUCCACCCCUCCCAGUGGACCAAGAGGCUCUCUUCAAUCAACUCUUCGCCAGCGAGGGCGGUGCAGCCAAUCUAGAGUCCCUCAUGUCGACUGUCAUGUCAGAGUUUGGUCAAGAUCUACCCCAAGAUUCAAAGCUAAACGAUGACCUGGCCAAGCUCUUACAGGGAGGUGGUGCUGAGGGUUUCCCAAUGUUUGGCGCUGGCCCACCAAGCGGGGGCGCUCCAUCCACUGCUUCAGGACCACUAGGAGGAGCCUUGGGUGAAACUAUUACUAGAUUGGCACAGAGCGCCCAAGACCUUAAGGAGGGUAAUGUUCCUGAGGAAGAAAUCUUCAAGCAGUUGGAGAACAUGCAUCUUGGAGAUGGAGCGGAAGGUGAGAUGAUGCCAAUGAUGCAACAGAUGAUGCAGAAUCUCCUCUCUAAGGAUAUUCUCUAUCCAUCCCUCAAGGAGGUCGUGGAAAAGUAUCCGGACUGGCUGGAGCAAAACAAGACCAAAGUAGAGCAGUCAGACUUUGAUCGAUUUACUAAGCAGUAUGGUCUGAUGACUAGACUGUGCCUGGAGUACGAGUCCGAGAACCAGACGGAUGCCCAAGAAGUACGACAAGAACGGAUGACGCGGAUCAUGGAUCUAAUCCAAGAGAUGGAGGGACUUGGUCAGCCACCCAAAGAUAUUGUUGGUGAAGGGGGCGCCGGUUUAGGCCUUCAGUUUGAUGCCCAAGGCAUGCCCAAGAUACCCGGAAUGCCACAGGGGGACCAGUGUAGUGUCAUGUGAUACCCCUGGCAGGAUACCAAUGACGUAUUAUAAACACUCACACUGCAGGGUACCAGUAUAGUGUCAUGUGACCCAAGCAACCAGCCCCUUUGCAGCAUCACAUAACUACAACGAUGACUUGUCGUUGGUCGGUAUCGACUCGUGAUGUUUUCUAAGGAAAUUGGUUUUGAUCAAAUUGAUUGCCCUUGUUGUGAUUGGAGCGUUUUGUAUUAAUGGAGCAGCUGAUUGGGCAACAUGUGGUUAAGAGACACCUUAGUGACCUUACCAUUAAUUGUUUCUCUCCACCAAGGAGUCAAUGAAUUCAUGAACAUAAAAAAAAUCUGAUAUUUUAACAUUGAGCCUGUGAGCAUAAAAACUUUCUUAAGCACUGACAAAUCUUCAGAAAUGGUUACCAGCCAAAAUUCCUUAAAAUUGACAUUGUUGCAACUGGUGCCCAACUCAUUUUUUGCUUAGCUAAGAAAUUCACUGAGCUGUUCAGUCUGCUGAACAGAUAAUGAAACAGGGCCCUAAUCAAAAUGUAUGAGAUGUUAAUUUAAGAGUUUGAUCAUGUGCAAUGAAUUUACUUGGGUUUCUAAGGGAGAUAUAAUUUAAGAUGAAUGUUAAGCUACCAGACAACUAACACCUGUUAUGUUUAUAUAAUUCCUUUUCCAAACUGGACUUAGAUCAUGCACAAACCAGUAGGGCUGCUUACUGCCUUGGCCAGGCAGAUUAACUGCUGAACCAAAGUCUAAUGACCCAAAUUCAAUAUAGAACAUUCCCACUGGUGGUGGUGGAAAUGAUCUAUAGUUAUAGAGGUGUUUU